AUGCAAUAAAUUACAAGUCUUUAAUGUUAAGAACAUUUUGAAAAAAUAUAAUUUUUAGAUUUAAGAUAAAAAAUAUUAAAAGGAGAAAGAGCUAAAUGUUGUAAAUGCUAAUUAUCCAAUCCCAUUUAUAUUGAAGCAGCUUAUGAAUAAUGGAUUUAAAAAAAACAAAACGAAAUUCAAUAAGUAUAGAAUGAUUAUUUGAGUUACAUUAAUCCACUCAAAUAAUUUUAUGAAUAGAUGAAAUAAAUAAAAAAAUCAUUCUAUUCAAGUUGUGAGCAUAUAAUGAAUCAAAUAGACUAAUUAAUUAAUGGAUUAAAUUUUGAUAAAAUAUCAAGGAUUCAAGAUUUACAAUUAUUUGAUGAAAAUAUAACAUUAUCAACUCUAUAAGAGAUGGCUUAAUUAAUGAGUGAAAAGGCUCCAAUACUUAAAAAAUCCAAAACAGAUAUAAAUCUUUUAGUUAAAUUAAGGCUUUUAAAUGAUUUUAUCAAAUAAGAAAUAAAUUAAUAAAAUAACCUUGUAAUUAAAAUCCUUAAAUAACAGCAAUAAGCAAAAGAAGUAAUUGAAAAUUUAAAAGAAUAAUAUCUUCAAAAUAUUAAAAAAUAUGAAUUUAAAGAAAUUAAAAAUAUUUAUAAUAUUAAAUAAUAUGAAAUUUGUAGAGUUGUUACUUUUAAUAAAGAUGAUAGUAUAAUGUUAGCAGGAUGUAAUUUUAAUAUAAAAGUAUGGAAUUUUAAUAAUGGAAAAAUAACUGAGAAUUAAACUUUGACUGGUCAUAUUGAUGAUGUAAUAUCUUUGGCUUUUAGUUUGAAUUAAGAUCUAUUUGUGUCAGGAGGUAGUCAUAAAGAUAAAAGAAUACUUAUUUGGAGAAAAUAUAAUGAUUUAUGGAAAAAUAUUCAGAUAUUAGAUUUUCAUAAGGGUUAUGUUCCUUAGAUUUUAUUGAAUAAAAAUGAUAGUGAAAUAAUCUCAUGCAGUCAAGAUAAAACAAUAAUUGUUUCAAAUUACUAAACCUCUUAAAAUAAAUGGAAAUUAAAUCAAUAAUUAACAAAUCAUUAAGGAUCAAUAUAUGGAAUUAGUCUAAAUUAAACUGAAAAUUAUUUAGUCUCUUGUAGUCUAGAUGAAUCAAUUAUUGUUUGGAAAAAAUAAAACAGCAUAUGGAAAUUGUUUUAAUAAAUAAAUAAUAAUAGCUAUUCAUUUAGAAUAACUUUUAUUGAUGAUGACUCUUUUUUAUUUUAAUUGAAUAAUGAAGGAUUUAUAAGACUUUAUUAGUAAUAAUAGGAAGAAAAAUUUACAGAAAAUAUUGAAUAGCGUAUAUAUGUUUAAGAUUAAGAAGAUCCAUGGUUAUUAUUUCCAGCAUCUUAUAAUAUUGAAAAAAAACUUGUUAUUCAAAAACAAAAUCAAUUUGUUAAUCUUAUUAUUAAGAAAAAUGGUACUUUUAAAAAAGUUCAUACGAUAAAUUGUUAAAGUCAUUAAAAUAAUGGAGGUCUUUCAAAAAGUGGUAGAUUUCUUGUAAUUUGGGACAGCUCACCUAUAAUGGAAGGUGAUGGGAUUAUUAAAAUUUAUGAGAUAUUAUAUUAAAAUAUAGAAUGA